AUGUCAAACUUCCUGCUGCUGAUCGCGGCUGUAGUCGCCUGGCCGGCCUCGGCACAAGGUGAACAGGUGUACCUGGCUACGCAUGACACCUGGGCCUUUUAUAAGGUUCGUGUGAACGGAUCGAUGUCCAAUGACAACGUGAAAGAGACUUGUACGUCGGUGGGGAUGAGAUAUCUGUGCUACUACUCAGGUGCUGCUGGGUGUCCCUCCAGCCACUGGACCUCAGACUGCAUCACGUAUGUCGGUACCGGUCCUUACCCCUGUUCGACCCCCCGGGUCCUCUCCAUUAAACUGUGUGUAACCGCUGACCCCCGGCAGUGCCAGCAUCUUGAUGACACCUUUGUGUACAUGCCUGGCUGGCGGUAUGAUGACAGCGCCUGGGGAGUGGACUACGACACUCACACCUACAACCUGCAGGGAGCGAACUACAACAACAAGUACGCCCUGUGUGCAGUCGCUACUACAUGUGCGGCCUCCCCAUGUGCACACGGAACCUGUACUGGUGGUGACCAAGGCUACAUCUGUACCUGUGAGAGCGGCUGGACAGGACGCAACUGUGACCAAGACAUCGAUGAGUGCUCGUCCUCCCCAUGUGCACACGGAACCUGUACUGACGGCGUGGCGAGUUACACCUGUAGCUGUGAGAACGGCUGGACAGGGAACAACUGUGAUCAAAACAUCGACGACUGCUUGUCCUCCCCAUGUGCACACGGAACCUGUACUGACGGCGUGGCGAGUUACACCUGUAGCUGUGAGAACGGCUGGACAGGGAACAACUGUGAUCAAGACAUCGACGAAUGCUUGUCCUCCCCAUGUGCACACGGAACCUGUACUGACGGCGUGGCGAGUUACACCUGUAGCUGUGAGAGCGGCUGGACAGGGAACAACUGUGAUAUCGACAUUGACGAGUGCUCGAGCAGCCCUUGUCAGCUGGGAGGAACCUGCCUGGAUCACGUGAACGGCUACAGCUGCGUCUGUCCUAAAGAAACCACUGGGAAGGACUGUGAAACUGCAUCUUUUGCCGGGGACUGCUACCAGUUCUCGACCUCAGCUGCCACCCAUCGGGACGCCACCCAGGCCUGCAGUGCCAACAGCGGCCGCAUGGUGGACCUGAGAGACCCGCAGCAGCAACAGUUCCUGGCGAACACCAUCGCGGCCUCCACCGGCGUCUCCAACUGGCUCGCCAUGAAAACAGCGCCGCUGCCGAUUCUCUACAGCGAUGGCUCUCCUGUUUCAGCUCCCCUGCAGUGGUCAGUAGACGAAGUCUCAUCUCCGCUGGACCUGUGUGUUCUCCUGGACAGCUCCAACAACUACAAGGCGAACAAAGCGUUCUGCACCGAGCAGCACAACUACGUCUGCAUGUCUGCUCUCAAACCGUGUGAGCCUAACGUGUGUCAGAACGGCGGAAACUGCAGCUCCUGCUUCGGAGAGUCUACCAACUUCUGCGAGUGUCUGGACGGGUUUGACGGCAAGACUUGUGAGAUAAACACGGACUGGUGUUCCGAGGUCCAGUGUCCGCACGGUUUUGUCUGCCAGGACUUCACGUUCUACUUUGUCUGCGUCCACGAACAGGUUUACCUGACCACACAUGACACCUGGGCCUUUUAUAAGGUUCGUGUGAACGGAGCGAUGACCAAUCACAACGUGAAAGAGACCUGUACUGCUGCGGGGAUGGACUAUCCGUGCUACCGGUCAGGUACUGCUGGGUGUACCCACAACUGGACCUCAGGCUGCAUCACGUAUGUCGGUACCGGUAGUGGCCCCUGUUACACCCCCUAUGUCCUCUCCACUAAACUGUGUGGAACCUGGAACCCUGCGCAGUGCCAGCCUCUUGAUGACACCUUUGUGUACAUCCCUGGCUGGCUGAGUGAUGACAGCGCCUACGGAGUGGACUACGACACUCACAACUACGGCCUGCAUGGAGCGUCCUACAACAACAUGUACGUCCUGUGUGCAGACAUCAAUGAGUGCUUGUCCUCCCCAUGUGCACACGGAACCUGUACUGACCGCGUGGCGAGUUACACCUGUAGCUGUGAGAACGGCUGGACAGGGAACAACUGUGAUCAAGACAUCGAUGAGUGCUUGUCCUCUCCAUGUGCACACGGAACCUGUACUGACGGCGUAGCGAGUUACACCUGUAGCUGUGAGAGUGGCUGGACAGGGAACAACAACUGUGAUCAAGACAUUGACGAGUGCGCGAGCAAUCCUUGUCAGCUGGGAGGAACCUGCCUGGAUCACGUGAACGGCUACAGCUGUGUCUGUCCUAAAGAAACCACCGGGAAGCACUGUGAAACUGCAUCUUUUGCCGGAGAUUGCUACCAGUUCUCGACCUCAGCUGCCACCCAUCGGGACGCCACCCAGGCCUGCAGUGCCAACAGCGGCCGCAUGGUGGACCUGAGAGACCCGCAGCAGCAACAGUUCCUGGCGAACACCAUCGCGGCCUCCACCGGCGUCUCCAACUGGCUCGCCAUGAAAACCGCGCCGCUGCCGAUUCUCUACAGCGAUGGAUCGCCUGUUCAAGCUCCCCUGCAGUGGUUGCCAGGCGAACCUUCGUCUCCGCUGGACCUGUGUGUUCUCCUGGACAGCUCCAACAACUACCAGGCAAAGACUGUUUUCUGCACGGAGCAGCACAACUACGUCUGCAUGUCCGACAUCAAACCAUGUGAGCCAAACGUGUGUCAGAACGGCGGAAACUGCACCUCCUGCUUCGGAGAGUCUACCAACUUCUGUGACUGUCUGGACGGGUUCGAGGGACUCCUAUGUGAAACCGACACUGACGAGUGCGCGUCCAACCCUUGUCAGCAUGGCGGAACCUGCCAGGAUCAAGUCAACUCUUACAGCUGCCGAUGCCCAACCGGGUACAACGGAGACAACUGUCAAGUCGAAAUUGACUGGUGUUCUAUGGUGACUUGUCCGUUCGACUGGACCUGCCAGAAUCUGAUCACCCACUUCAGCUGCCUGGCCCCGACCGUUCGCCUGGUGGAGCCCUACCAGUGCAGCAGCGCCUCCUGUCCGGACGGCAUGUACUGCACCCAGGAGGGCGUGGCAGCCUUCUCCUGCAGGCCUGAUGAGUGACGUCAUGACCGAACCCUCCCACGUGACGACCAGCAGCCAAUGGCUGCCUACAUUCGUGCCUUGAAAGUUUUCUGAGUUUUGUUUUUGGUCUGAUCUAGAGUCUAACUAGAGUUCCACGAUCUCAUACCUUCGCCAAAUGAUGUUAACCUUUAUUAUGACUGAUAGAUUAAAGAUUAUUCCCCAUGAUUAUACAAAUAAGAUUAUUUGCAUGAAUUACAUCAGUUUAACAUAUUCUCCACCCAAUUAUCUUAACAAAGAAGGCCAUUCCAUAAUUUCCUCAUAAAUUCUGCAAAUGAGACCCAAAUUUGAAUAAGACAUGUUUAAUGAUGUUCACCCUCGCUUAACUUUUAAUGCCCCAAAUAUAAAGUAUGAAACCAAUCCAUCCAGCUGUUCUUGAGUUAUUUUGUUGAUCAACAGACAUAAUGAAGAAUGACAAACGUAAGUGAAAAUAUAACCUUCCUGGCGAAGGUAACUAGAGAGAGUGGAUAUUAGAUUCAAUAAAAU